AUGCUUCCGACUCUCGACCACUUCUCCAAGCUUGUUGAAGACAACGAGGACCACGACGCCCAAUCUCUUGUCGAAUUUGUUGUGGCCAAUGACCUUCUCGAGCCCGACGAUCCUUUGCUCGAUUCGGCAACCCCCGGUCAUCCAAUCGUCGCCAGUCGACCCGGCGAGGACAACAACCAGGGAGAUGAGUCCGAGCGCGAGUCUCGUGUCAGCACCCCACAGCCAGAUCCCAUCCCUUUGUGGACCGAGAACGAGGCGCAUGCCCUGACUUUGCUUCUACAAACCGCAUACGGUCCUCUGACCGUUGGCCAAGUUGCGGAGCAGAUGGACCGCAGCGCCACCGAGGCCACAGCCAUGAUCGUCUGUACUUGGCUUUCAGCCAUUCGCGUGUUGGAGGGACGGGCCGUUCCCUGGUGGGUCGGACGCCCCGUCGUCGACAGCAUCGGCUUGGGCCGAGUCGCCGUCUUCAUGCGGAACGGAAUGCAAGUCGUGUUGCGGCUGUAUGACACACAGGGCGAGCUUGAUCUCGAGGUUCCUCUCGACAAUCCGAGUCAAGUCUACGACUACGAACCCCAUAUUUUCUGA